AUGCUGCAUCAUCUGAUGGUUGGGACCUGGACCCGACCCGGCGCCAUAUUUACCUUUGAGUUUGAUGAUGAGUCGUUGACCUUGAAAUUGAUUAAGAAAACCGGCAUUAAUCAUGACGAACCUAUCUCAUGGAUGACAUUCGAUCAUGCUAGGAGGAACAUCUAUGGAGCUUCCAUGAAAACGUUUUCCAGCUUUUCCGUGAAAACUCCUACCGAGAUAACUCACCAUAUGUCGCAUUCAAUCGCAGGACACCCCAAAGCAAGCAGUCUAGAAACGAGGACACGAGCAAUAUUUGUUCUGGCAGCAAAACAGCCACCAUACAACGUCUACGGCAAUCCUUUCUAUGAAUAUGCGGGCUACGGAAACGUCUUCUCUGUGAACAAGGACGGAGCAAUGGAAUCAAAUAUCCAGAAUUACGAGUAUUGCCCCGAAUCUGCAAUACAUGGAAUGGUGUUCGACUCUACCGAGACCUAUCUCUAUUCAGCAGACAUGUGGGCCAACAGAAUAUGGACGCACAAGAAAGAUGGUGAAAGUGGCAAGCUCACCCUUGUUGGCAGUGUUGAUGCUCCUGCUCCCGGAGACCACCCCCGCUGGGUGGAGAUCCAUCCCAGUGGUGCAUAUCUUUAUGUCCUGAUGGAAGCUGGGAAUAAUCUGGCCGUCUAUGUGAUCGAUCAGCAGACUCACAUGCCAGUCUUCACACAACUGACAUAUCCGCUCAUCCCUCCAGGUUUGGAUAAGAAGCUCUACCGCGCAGACGUCGUCUCAAUGUCGCAUGGUAGUAAAUACCUUUUCGCCACCGCCCGUGCCAAUCCCAUCGAUAUCACUGGCUACAUCAGCGCUUUCAGUCUAGGUCCAGCAGGCAACAUCAUCCGUCAGCUCUGCAUGAAUCCUACACCUAACAGUGGAGGACACUCCAACGCGGUUAGCCCCUGUCCUUGGAGCGACGAGUGGUUGGCGCUCACAGACGAUCAGGAUGGCUGGAUAGAGAUUUAUCGAUGGAAGGAUGAGCGGAUGGCCAGGGUUGCGCACUGUGAUGUUAAGGAGCCGGGAUUUGGCAUGAAUGCAAUCUGGUAUAAUUGA